CGUGGCAUACAUUCUCAGUUCUUCCGGUGCGCGUGAGGAAGGGAUUAAACCUCCGUCUCACCGCUUUCUUUCCGUGAAAGAACGGCAGCCCUGUCGCGUUUACCGGCGUUUAGAACCGGAACGGCGUUCUGACGACUCAUUCGUUAACUCAUCGAGCUGUUUAUGAGAGUUAGGGAUGAACUGAGAAUGAAUGUCAACCAGCAACCUCACAUGGCCUCUCCUUACGGGCAGCCUCAGCCAGGGUAUCAGGGCUACCCCCAGCCUGGAUAUGGGGGUGGCCAUGUGCCAUCGGGAUAUCCGGCUCAGUACGCACCUUAUAACGGGCCGGGCUCUGCAUACCAACAAGGUCCACCACAAGGAUGUUCUCCUUAUGCAAGCUUUCCCACUAAGACUCUCGCAACAAACUUAGUUUCUGACCUGUCCUCCUCCUCUCCUCUUGACCUAGGUAUGAGAGGACCUCCCACAUCAGGGGCACCACCCGUCUCAGGUGCCCAGAGCUAUUCUCAGUUUGGGCAAGGAGAAACUCAGAAUGGACCACCUCCAAUGGGUGCUCCACCACAGAGGCCUCCAGUGUCUCAACCUUACACACCAGGUGCAGUGAAUCUGUCUGGUCCUCAGCCCCCGUUCAGCCAGCAGUUUGGAGCUCCACCUGUCAGCAUGCAGCAUAUGACCAAUCAGAUGGCCAGCAUGCAGGUUGGCUCCACUGCACCCUCCCCUGCAGGCCCAGGUUAUGCCCCACCCUCUGUGUCCCAGGCUGCUAUGUCUGCUCCCUACACACCUGCAGCUCGUCCUCCUUUCCAACCCACUUCCACUAGUCCCUCUCAGCCUCCGCCUGCUGAAGCUGUAGCUCAGCCUCCUCCACAGUCCUACUACGGAGGUCUACCACCUGCCCAGCAGCCUUUCCCAACUGCUGUCCCACCUUACUCCUCCACUGGCCCCGCUCAGCCCCAAGCUCCACCACCUGUUUCUCCACAGACCUUCCCUCAAGCUCCACCUGUCUCUCAGCCUCCUUUUUCCACAGCCCAGGUGCCUCCAGGUCCCACCCAGUCAUACGGAGCCCCACUUCCUCCAACACAGCCCUCUUUCUCAAGACCAUUGCUUCCCACCUCCCAGCCCUCCACAUUCCCUGCAGGUCCACCACCCACCUCGACUCCAUCUCAGCUUCCAGGAGUUAUGCAGCCCCAACCACCAGUUUCCCAAUCCUCACCUUACCACUCAGGUCCUCCUCCAACUUCUACUGGGUUUCCACCACAAGUUGGUGCUCCACCAAGGCCUCCUUUUGCUGGAAUGCAGGGCCCUCCUAUGGCAUCUCAAGGACCUCCUCUGGCAUCCCAGGGGCCUCCAAUGGCACAGGCUAAUCAUGUACCCCCUACACAACCUGGAAUGCCACCUGGUCCCAUCAGUGCUUCCAUGUCAGGACCACCACCACAGCCAGGAAUGCAGGGAUAUCCUCCUCAGCAAAAUGGUGCUUUCGGGCAGGUCAGAGGUCCUCAGCCUGGUUACACAGGACCAUAUCCUGGGCAGCCAAGCUAUGGAGCACCACCCGCUGCACCUGCUCCAGCGCCACCUUCCACGAAGAGGCUUGAUCCUGAUUCUAUUCCAAGCCCGCAAGCCUCUGACAUGCCGCCUGUGCAGAAAACAAGACAUAGAAUAGACCCAGACGCAAUCCCAAGUCCAAUUCAGGUUAUCGAGGAUGACAAAGCAAACAAGGGAAGUGAACCUUUUAGUACAGGGGUCAGAGGUCAAGCCCCACCUCUUGUCACCACCAAAUUCCAAGUUAAAGAUCAAGGGAAUGCGAGUCCACGCUAUAUCCGUUGUACAGCCUACAACAUGCCCUCCAAUUCUGACAUGGCCAAACAGUCCCAGGUGCCCCUGGCUGCUGUCAUCAAACCCCUGGCCCCUCUGCCUGCAGAUGAGACACCACCGUAUCUUGUGGAUCAUGGAGAAAGUGGUCCCAUCCGCUGUAAUCGCUGUAAGGCCUAUAUGUGUCCAUAUAUGCAGUUUAUCGAAGGUGGCCGUCGUUUCCAGUGUGGCUUCUGCAGCUGUGUCACCGAGGUGCCUCCCCAUUACUUCCAGCAUCUGGAUCACACAGGGAAGAGGGUGGACUGCUAUGACCGACCAGAGCUCUCCAUGGGCAGUUAUGAGUUUAUGGCUACUGUGGACUACUGUAAGAACAACAAGAUCCCUCAGCCACCGGCCUUCAUCUUCCUGAUUGAUGUGUCCUACAAUGCUGUAAAGAACGGCAUGGUUGGAAUCGUAUGUCAGGAGCUGAAGACACUGUUGGACUACUUGCCCAGAGAGAACCCUGAUGUGGAAUCAAACAUUAGAGUUGGCUUCGUCACUUACAACAAAGUGCUUCAUUUCUAUAAUGUGAAGGCCUCUCUCGCCCAGCCACAGAUGAUGGUAGUGUCAGAUGUGGCUGACAUGUUUGUACCCCUACUGGAUGGAUUUCUGGUCAAUGUCUCAGAGUCCAGGGUGGUUAUUGAGAGUUUGUUGGAUCAGAUCCCUGAGAUGUUUGCAGACACGAGGGAAACCGAGACUGUGUUUGGGCCUGUCAUUCAGGCCGGGCUGGAAGCACUCAAGGCUGCAGACUGUGCCGGAAAGCUCUUUGUUUUUCACUCAUCUCUUCCCAUUGCUGAGGCUCCAGGCAAGCUGAAGAACAGGGAGGAUAAGAAACUAGUGGGAACAGAUAAAGAAAAGUCAUUAUUCCAGCCACAAGUUAGUUUUUACAACACCCUUGCCAAGGAGUGUGUUGCACAGGGUUGCUGUGUGGACCUCUUCCUCUUUCCCAACCAGUAUGUUGAUGUAGCAACAUUAGGGGUGGUCCCAACUUCAACGGGUGGCUCCAUCUACAAAUACACCUACUUCCAGGCUUCAUCUGACCAGGAGCGUUUCCUCAAUGACCUGAGGAGAGAUGUGCAGAAGCCGAUGGGCUUUGAUGCAGUGAUGAGGGUCCGCACCAGCACAGGUAUCCGGGCGACCGACUUCUUUGGUUCCUUCUACAUGAGCAACACCACAGAUGUAGAGCUGGCAGGACUAGACUGUGACAAGACCGUUACCGUGGAGUUCAGACAUGACGACAAGCUCAGCGAGGAGACUGGAGCUCUAAUGCAGUGUGCAGUUCUGUACACCAGCUGCAGUGGCCAGCGACGGCUGCGGAUCCUUAACAUGGCAGUGAACUGCUGCUCUCAGCUGGCAGACUUGUACAGGAACUGUGAGACUGACACCAUCAUAAACUUUUUCGCCAAAUAUGCAUAUCGGAGUGUACUCAGCAGUCCUAUCAAGAAUGUACGUGAUAGCCUGGUGAAUCAGUGUGCACAGAUCUUAGCCUGUUACCGCAAGAACUGUGCCAGUCCAUCUUCAGCAGGGCAGUUGAUUUUACCAGAAUGUAUGAAGCUACUGCCCGUGUACCUGAACUGCGUGUUGAAGAGUGACGUUCUCCAGCCCGGGGCGGACGUCUCUCUGGAUGACCGUGCCUACCUGAGACAGCUGGUCAGCACUAUGGAUGUAUCUGAGAGCCAUGUGUUCUUCUAUCCUCGUCUGCUUCCGCUGCAAAAGUUGGAUCUUGAGAGCAUAUCUCUGCCUGUGGCAGUGAGGGACUCGGAGGAGAGACUGUCUAGGGGAGGAGUCUAUCUGUUAGAGAAUGGACUGAAUAUUUUCCUUUGGGUGGGGGUCAAUGCCCAACAGGAGCUGCUUCAGAACAUCUUUGGCACGCCAGCCUUUGGCCAGAUAGACCCCAACAUGACCUCUCUGCCGGCUUUGGAUAAUCCUUUUUCAAAGAGACUGAGGGAGAUUAUUGAGUCGGUCAGGGCACAGCGCUCACGAUACAUGAAGCUUAUGGUGGUGAAACAGGAAGACAAGCUGGAGCUGAUAUUCAAACACUUCCUGGUGGAGGAUAAGAGCAACAAUGGAGGGGCCUCUUACGUGGACUUCCUGUGUCACAUGCACAAGGAGAUUCGUCAGCUCCUGAGCUAGGAGCAUCAGGUCCCCCCUUCUCUUCCCUAGGCUCUGUACCCAGAAGCCCUUUAACUUUUUAUUUAACAUAAUAAACAAAAUCCCUUUGCCCAUCAUCUUCUCUCCCUCAUGUAUAAUCUCAUCCACGUGACUCUUGAGGAAGAAGCCACCUUGUAACGGAAAUGUUGCUCCAUCAGAUUACGGUGUUCUUUUGGUUUUAGUGGUGGGAGUUUUGACCCAGCCUUCUCCUCACUUUCCGAUGAUAGGCUUGUGAGACUGUGUGUGUGAUGGAAGAGGAGAUCUGCUGUUGUUACUGCUCUACAGCUGAUCUGGGAUCAGGUUGUGAAGCCUCAAUUAGAGCUUAAACUGCUUUGUGGAGCGAACACCUUCAGAACAGCUAGCCGGUUUUAGAGUGUUUUUGACUGUGAACGUUGAUGUUGAUUGUACCGGGUGUUCUUGUGAGAAACUCUAGCACUGAUUAAUGGUCUCUAGGUACCAAAUGACAGAAAAAUAACCGCAUUAGAAAUUAAUCUAGACCUACUCCGAAUACAGUGAAAUGAAAUCCCUCAUCUUUCGAUUCAUAUUGGAAUAUAAGAUGUUUUAGAACAAGUUAGAUCCAUGUCUAUCCAAUUUUUUUUUCUCCUGCAUAAAUUUUUCUUGCCUUACUGAUGCCGUUUCUCCUUUUUCAUUUGUUUUUCUGUUUGUCUUGUCUAAUUUUUGUCACUGUCACCUUUUUAAUGUGUGCGGAAAACCUAAUAGACUCUAAUGGAGUUUGAAGUGUGCUGUUAAUCGUUCAAAAACUCUGAAAAAAACAUUCUAAAUAAGUCUAUGCAUCUACUUCUCUUUAAAAGAAAGCGGGGAGCUGUUCAAGAGCAGGAGCUGAAUAUUGUGCUGCUUUUCUCCAUGCCCAAUUCUUAUAGGAAGCAGAUAUGGCUAAGAAUGAUGCAUUUGUGACGUUUCUGCUUCCUGAUGAAGAAUAUGGAUCCCGGAAGGAUGCAUGGACAGGCAGUUGAAAUUCAGAUGAGCCUCUCCGGAGAUUGGGAGUUGUCAAAACCCUAAAGAUGGUUCAGUAAUCAGGCAUACAUUACAGAAGCAUUAAAAUUCAGUUCCCGAUUACAUUUUAUUUAUUUUUUUCUUUACUGUAUGGUCUGUUGUAACCUGUAUACUACUUGACAUGUGCUUGUUCAUUUAUCAGUUAUGAUUUAAUAUGUUCUAAAUCAGUUUAAAGGAGCAAGUGGCGUCUCUCUGCUCUAUGGUAUUAAUCAUUGUGCAAUGGAAGCCUGUGCUGAGCCUGAGAGUGGAGUGCAGGACUCAUUUAGAAACUGACCAUUUCUAAGCGAGUGACGUGAAGCACAUGCGGAAUUGUGACCUUAAAAGCAAUCAACACUGAAUUACCUUGUCAUCGCAUUUAUUACAUGUACAGAAUUAAAAACCACAUUUUAAAAAUGA